CUCUGUGAGCAACUAUUUUUGUAAUUUGUCAUAAUCCUAACGUAUUUAUUUUGUUAAUGAAUAAAACAAACAUUUGUGGCCGUUAUAGGCGUGUGUUAAUUAAAUAAAACACCUGAAGAAAUAUUGAAAGACUCUAGAAACUUAAGUUUCAGGAAAUAUAACUAUUGACACAAUGGAUUUGGACUCAUCAAGAACCGACGAGUAUUUCGUGACUGCUCUACACAUAUUUGACUACUGUGGUGUUGAUAGUGCCGGCACACUGCGUGUGGAUUCCAUGAUGGAUACAUUCGCUCCAUUCGUGAAAACUAAGAAAGCUGAAUACAAAUGCUUGAAGUCGUUCCUAGAUCCAAACAAGAGCAACCCGGCCAUCAAUGUGACAGAGCUGGCCACGGCUCUUAGCAGAUACAGCGAGGAGCAGAAGACUAAGAUUGACCUGGAUGAGAGUUUUAAUUUGAGAAGUGGGCUGGUUCCUCAAGAUUCUGACUCUGGCAUAUCUACAGAUGGCUACCAAAUCCUGGAAGAGCUACAGACAGAGCUGCGUGAGAAGUCCCACCUGGCGCAGCAGCUGCGCGGGCAGCUGGAGUUCACCGACCGCCAGCACGAGGAGGCGCUGGCAGCGUUGACGGCUGAGCGGGACUCGCUGCGGGCACAUGUUAACAUACUGCGCGAAGAGAACCUGUCUCUUUCGCACCUGCGCAAGGACUACGACGAGGCGUGCGAGCGCCUGUGUGCGAGUGAGACAGCACUGGACGACACUAAGCGAGAGUAUGAAGCGUUGCGGAGAAGGGCCAGGGUGCUGCAUGAGCAAGUUAGCACGCUGGAGAAUGACAAGCUAACCCUCCAAGAGCAGCUAAGCCGCUCCAAAGAAGAAUGCCACCGCAUCAACGACCUCUACUCGUCGCGUCAGGCGGCUCUGCUGGAGCAGCACGAGUCGCUAGAGGCGGCGUGCGCCGAGCUGAGCGCGCGCGCCCGCCACCACGACCGCGCCAUGGCACUAGUAAUGAGCGAAAAGGUCCUCCUCGAGACAGAGCUCAAGGACCUCCUCAACCGCUCGACGGUCCCCGCGCCGCCGCCGCCGCGCUCUGUCGACGUGAGCUACACGGAGGAGCAGAUGCUGACCGCUCUUGAUAGUCUGAAUGCUGAUAGUCGCUUCUCUCCUGAGAACCAUCUGUUAGACGAAGAAUCUUUCGUAAACGCACUAAAAGAGGACCAGGGGCGCGCCACCAACGUGUCCUUAUUCGACGAAAUUCGCAUGAGCUUUGGCAACAUAUCACGGCUAGACUUAGACCCUAAAGAGCCCUACUGCUAUCGAUGUAACGAAGAGAUAGACAGAGCGAAUUGCCACACACAAACUGACCCACCCGAUGACAGUAACAUUGAGAACAAUAACAGUGGGAUCCCUUGCAGCAAUUGCGUAUGUCAAACAGCUUGCCUAGACUGUGAAAAGAACAAAGAAUACGCAAGCCAGUUAAAAAGCGACUUGAAAAAAUCCCAAAUGAAUGCGACAGAGUUGAAAUCUGACUUGAAUAAGUACGAAGAUAACUUACAAGUUUUACAGAAGUAUGUGGAUGAUGGUAAUGUGGCGAAUAGACUGCUGCAAGCGACUGCAGAUCAGUUGAAUGCCAAGUUGGUGGCGCUAGAAGCAGCGUGUAAGGAGCAGAAAGCUAAGCUCAGUGGUCUAGACUGUGUGAAGUCACACGCACAGUCACAGACGCAUAGUGAAGUGUUCUCUGUGUCGACGCAAGCGGACGUGCCGUGCGUGGCAUGUGAAAAGCGCACCGACUCAGCACCGGCUGCCACUUGGCGACGCUACAUUUGGGAGCCAAUCAAAUCGCUCUUCACUCUCUUCGCAUCCCUCUGUCUCCUAUCCGCCCUGAUGAUCCUGUACAACGUGUCCAACUACCACUACGCGGCGCGGCGCUGCAUCCGCGAGGCGCCGGCGGUGCCAUGGCGGUGGCUCAACGUGCAUGACUUGUUUGAUUAUGUCUUCAGGAUAGAGUAUGUGGGCGAAGUGCCUAUGUAAGGUUAGGUUGGAGGUUUUGGUUAGGGGUAGUCAGAUGCUGGUAGACGGGUUCGUUAUCGACGUCGACUAAGUCGUUAAUGCGCGUUCCAUUAAACAGAGCACGGUAUUUAUGGCGAAACACGAAAUAGUGACGUUUAUCUACGUCGAUGACGAACUUGUGUAGCGGCAGCAGGGUUCAGAAGCGUUCAGUUUCAUGUAGCAGUAACAUGGCAGCUCAUCUCUACUAUAGUUUUUAUUAAGGAGUGCGACUGGCAACAGUGCAUUGUGCUAGUAACUUACAGGUUCACUUAGUAAACCACUGACUACGGAGCUUCUCGAGAUAACUAUAAAAACGAUUAUGGAGGCAUGUGCCUUCAAAAAGUUGAAGAAAAUGACAUGACAUCUGUGACUGCAUCUUCAGAACAAAGUGUGUGGUUUUUCUCUCAAAGUAAAGUGUUGAUCACUCUUUUUGGUAAGAUAAUUUUAUUGUUGUACUGGAUUAGGCUGGAUUCAAUAUUGUGUAAGGUGUAUUGAUGGGAAAAUCUCCCUUUAUGUGUAAAACAUUGUAUCUAACUAUCUAUUUGACUAGUUAAGAUCAAAUUCAUGCAACAAUACCUAACUAUGUACAAGGUUGUUAAAUUAAAAUGUUAUAUUGAAAAAAGCUAAGUCUAAUUGAAUUUGAACAAUCUUGCAUACUUUGUGUUACAAAGUAAUCUUUGUAGAUUGUAUGUAUCCCUAAAGGUCUGAUGAACCAAUAUUUUGGUAAUAAUUUAUCGAAUUCAAAUAAUAAUUUGCUCAGAACUCAGAACAGUUGUUGCAAUUUAGCACAGUUAACUUGGUUUUUUGAAAUAAAGUAAUUUUAAUAUGCUUUUCAGUACCUAUCCGAAUCUUAUUAUUAUUAUCUGCAUGUUUUAUUCUUUUUAUCUUUGACUGC